CGGGGCGCACCUAGAUUUCUUCUGUAAGGGGCUCCCGAGGGGUGGCUGCUGCGAGUGGGGACCGGCCCCGCCUGACUUCAUCUGCCGCCAGCACCCCGGGCCCUCGAGCACCUCCCACCAAGCUCCCGGCCCCCCUUUCCGUCUGGAAUGUCCCGCCGAGGCUCGGGUGUCGAGAACCCGAGAACCCGAGGCCACGGCCGGGCAGCCCCGCCAGCAAAUUUAUUUAUUCUGCAGCCCUAUCUCCGCGUCAUCGGGCCGGGAGCGGACGCGAAAGGGGGCGGCAGCCCCGAGGACGCCGGGAGCACCGCGCACCCCGAGCUCCCGCAGCUCCCUCGCCGCCCGCAGCUCCUGGAGGAGGACGGAGGGCCCAGCGAGGAAGCGGCCGUGGACGGAGGCAGCGCCCCGGCGCCGGAGGGCACCUCCGCCGAACCCGCGGCCGAGGCCUCCGCGACGCCCCCCUCCCAGGACCAGGCCGAGGCCGCAGGCGAGGCCCGGCAGGCGCCCAAGACGGCGGCCGGUGGGGUCCCCAACAUCGGCUUCGUGGGCGAGCCCCCGCCCUACGCGCCGCCCGACCCCAAGGCCGCGCACCUGCUCUACCCGCCGCCCUUCCCGCAGCCAGUGCUCUUCCCGCCCGCGCCCUCCGCCUCCGCCCUGUACCCCCCGCCGGCGCCGCUCUUCCCUGCGCCCACCGCGCAGCCGCUCUUCGCGCCCUUCCCGGUGUACAACAGCCCUGUGGCCGGUGUGCCAGCCCCAGCCGCGGUGGAACACAGGCCCCUGCCCAAGGACUACAUGAUGCAGUCCGUGCUGGUGACCCUCUUCUGCUGCCUGCUCACCGGGCUCAUUGCCGUCGUCUACUCCCACGAGACUCGUGCGGCCCUGGGCAGGGGGGACCUGGCCCAGGCUGAGGAGGCCUCGCGCAAGGCCCGCUCGCUUGUGCUCUUCAGCCUGUUCUUUGGGGUCUUCGUGUCCACCAGCUGGGUCAUCUACGUGCUGGUAGCACUCUACCUGCCCUGAGGGCUGCUGGCUCCUUCGGGGACGUCAGGACACCCAGGGACUCCUGACCUGGCCAGACUCUUUCUGCGGACUUGGAUCCCUGCCGGUGGCCAUCUGUCACCUAGAGGGCACCUGGGUAGGCUCAGAAGAAGAUGGGCUUUGCAGCCUUCAGCACACUCAUGGCUGGGCCUCUGCCCUUGCAGGUGGCCUCAGGCAGUGUCCUAGCCCGAGGUGGCCCCAGGGCCC